CGAGUGGCGGGCCUCAGCCAGUCCGUAAGCGGUACCUACACCUUCAAGGUCCGCGUCCUUGAAGGCGUUACUCGUCCUCGCCCAAUUCGUGUGUCGUUAGACGAAGAGGAUCGCCGUUGGGCGUCUCGCGGCCGAGAUCUAACCUGGGUUUCCCUCGUAAGAAUUAGGGUUCUUGCCUAAGCAUUUGACUCCCACCCGCGCUUUACCCCGCCCUCGGAAGUAGUGAACGGCUAACGUCGCCAUCUCUCCCCGAUCAGUUCUCUUUCAUCCCUUCUUGAACAGCCUUCUUUGAACAGCGUUUCAAACGUCAGUUGAACGGGAGUGAUUGAGGGAUAAAGAGUUGGGUGGUACCCUGGAAGCAGCUUGUGGCAAGACGACUACGACGACAACGUGAUCAAGGAGAGGAAAUUGCAUUCCCUGUUGAGGGUCAGGACUAUGAGGUCCUCGCUGGUGCUGCUCCUGGUAGCAGCUUUCGUCCUUGCCGAGGGUUCGAACCGAGUUAAGCGGCAAGAGGAGAAAAAGGAAGAGAGCUUCGAGAACGAAAUCUGCAAGGACAAGGAUGCGGGCGAGUGGUUUAGAUUGGUUGCCGGCGAGGGUGACAACUGCCGCGACGUUAUUCAAUGCACAAGCUCCGGUCUGCAGGCGAUAAGAUGUCCGGCCGGCUUGUAUUUCGAUAUCGAUAAACAGACUUGCGAUUGGAAGGACUCUGUCAACAAUUGCAAAUUAAAGAACAAAGAGAGGAAGGCCAAGCCCCUGCUUUACACCGAGGAACCGCUUUGUCAAGACGGCUAUCUCGCGUGCGGUGACGGGUCCUGCAUCGAGAGAGGCCUCUUCUGUAAUGGAGAGAAGGAUUGCACCGACGGCUCUGACGAAAACAUUUGCGAUAUGGACAACGAUCCCAAUAGAGCUCCACCAUGCGAUCCGGCCGUGUGUACUUUGCCCGAUUGCUUCUGCUCGGAGGAUGGUACCACGAUUCCCGGUGAUCUUCCCUCCAAGGAUGUACCUCAAAUGGUCACGAUUACCUUUGACGACGCUAUUAACAACAAUAACAUCGGUCUAUACAAAGAGAUCUUCAACGGCAAACGCAAGAACCCGAAUGGUUGCGACAUCAAAGCGACCUUCUUCGUCUCUCACAAGUACACCAACUACUCCGCGGUCCAGGAGAUGCACAGGAAGGGUCACGAGAUCGCCGUCCACUCUAUCUCGGCAAGGCACAACGACGACGAGCGCUUCUGGUCGGACGCAACCGUCGACGACUGGGCCAAGGAGAUGGCCGGCAUGAGGAUCAUCGCCGAGAAGUUCGCAAAUCUGACGGAUAACAGCGUGGUCGGCGUCAGGGCGCCGUAUCUGCGGGUCGGCGGUAACAAUCAGUUUACUAUGAUGGAGGAGCAGGCCUUCCUGUACGAUUCCACCAUCACUGCGGCCCUAAACAAUCCCCCAUUGUGGCCAUACACUAUGUACUUCAGGAUGCCGCAUCGCUGUCAUGGAAAUCUUCAGCAUUGCCCCACUAGAUCGCAUGCCGUGUGGGAGAUGGUGAUGAACGAGUUGGAUCGGCGCGAAGAUCCACAGAACGACGAGUAUCUGCCCGGCUGCGCCAUGGUCGACUCCUGCAGCAACAUCUUGACCGGCGAUCAGUUCUACAAUUUCCUCAAUCACAACUUUGACCGUCACUACGAACAGAAUCGCGCACCCCUUGGUCUUUAUUUCCACGCCGCUUGGCUGAAGAACAAUCCCGAGUUUCUGGAUGCCUUCCUCUACUGGAUCGACGAGAUCCUGCAGAGUCACAACGACGUAUACUUCGUGACGAUGACCCAGGUGAUUCAAUGGAUCCAGAAUCCUCGCACUAUCACCGAAUCAAAAAACUUUGAGCCCUGGCGGGAGAAGUGUUCAGUGGAAGGACCUCCGGCAUGCUGGGUACCGCACACUUGCAAGUUGACCUCGAAGGAGGUACCCGGCGAGACUAUCAACCUCCAGACUUGCGUGCGUUGUCCCAACAACUAUCCUUGGGUGAACGACCCGACCGGUGACGGUUUCUUCUAAACUGCCGCGAGCGCGAUUCUCUUUCUCGUCUAAGUCAAAUUCCUUUUUCUCCUUUCUCCUCAGUCCUACCGAUCCUUUUCUUCCCGUAUUAACCUGACGUUGGUCGAAAGACACGUCAUGAGUCUUCGCGGUCAAAGUACGACGCCGGAAAUCGCCGACCGACGCGUCAGCCAAGUAUCCUUGAGGUUUUCGAGAGGCGACGAAGCACACGGGAGAAACGAGGAGAAAGAUUCGUCGUUAGUCCGUUAGAUUCCAGUGACCGCUCUUAGUUGUCAAUAAUUUUCACUGUUUUUAUCGUUGAAAACGACGUAUCUGUGAUGAUUAGUUCUGUUCAGUUGGAAUAGCACGGAGUCUAAUGGACUGAAGAUGAAUGGAGUAAAAAUGAAGCUCUCUAUCCAUUCUUUGCAUUCACAGAUGUCCCUUCAAUGACGUUUAACUUAAUGACGUUCAGCUUCGUCCUUAAGUCACAUCCGAAAUUACACUCCACGCUGUAUAAAAGGAAAAUCGCCGUAUCUUUUCCCGCGCGUAGCUCGUUAUCAGCUGGUGAUCAAAGCUAACGUUCAUCAUGCGCCAGCAAUCUGUGAUAGACUCCCGAAAGCGACGUCUCCGAAGUCCUCGAGGUGGCAACGGUGGCCGCGUUGACCGAUUGUAUGACGACGAUGACGAUAACGAUGACGAUGAAGACGACGAUGACGAGAGCUGCGCAUUCCACUCGAAGCCGGCGGAAGCAAAAGCAAAAUGUUUGCGCUCUAUCCGAUCCCACGAGGAGAAAUCGCGGAUUCUUCGAUGGCGGCGACUUGGCGAUCCGCGCGAGUGGGAUUCCAUAUGUAAUAUAUAACCAUGCCCCUUCCGUUCUAUCGCAUCUCCGAUUUCCCGAUGAAAGCCACGACUGAUAUCGAUCUAUCGGUGAGUAGGCGCUUUCUUUCCAUCGAAUUCCCCAUCCCGUCCUCAGAAAUAAUCCUCGAAAAACCG